AUGAACCAAGGAUUCCCGUGGAUCGCAACCUUUGUCCAGGAGACCCUGUCGGAGUACUUGGAUCGGAUCGACCAGCAUAACAUUGAAGUGAAAAAUGAUGGAGCCAACCUAAGCUUUGCCAAUCCAAAGCGGUCGUUCGUCGCGCAUGUACAAGAGUGGGGUGUGGAUCCCUCCGGGGAUGGUGUUGCAGUCUUGCAAGAUGUAGAACACCAGGUUGAUGCCAUUAUUCCUGAAGAGCUUUUAUCCCUGAACAAUAUCGACUUUUCUUCAAAUCAACCGAAGGGGUCCAAUCCUAAGCAUCACUCAGUCCGCCUACUAGACUUCAAGUUGGUCUGCGCCUACACCAAAAACCCGGCCCAGAUUCACCUUCUCAUCACCAAGUUCCAAAUCAAUUGGGAAGAUGGAAAGACGAAGAACUUCCAACUCAAGAAGAAGCUGAAUCGAAACCCCAAAGUCAAAUCGCUACUGGAAGCCACUCGUCAGCAAGCUCAGGGCAUUUCUAAAGCCGUCAAAUCUGGCAAGUCGAGGAGCCACAUAGUUGGGCGUGUCGAGUCCACACAGACUGAAAUCGAAAACGAACCAUUAUUAGGUGGUAACGAAUCGCAGCAAAUCUCUUCGCAAAUCCCUCGCGAUCAUCGUUUGCCGAAACAAAUAUCUCAAAUAUCACCCUCUUACUCGCGCGAGCCAAAUGAGUUACUUCGGCACCUAGGGUCAUCUUCUCCCAGAAUUCGCAGCAAUAAAUCUUUACAGAAAGUCGAGAAAUUUCCAACUGGCCGGAAUGACCGGAAUAGCUCAGCAGAGGCCCCUGUCAAUGACAUUGGCUCCGUCGAUGAUGAACGGCACCUCACCAUGGCGAGCUCAAAAACAGAAAAAAGUCGAACUCGGAGCUCUAAGGCCGGUUCUAUGGUUAAGGAUGCGCCAGGAGAGAUAUCUGAUGAUGAAGGCUCAAUCUCUUCUCAACCAAAAAAUGGAGCUGAUCGAUUAUCCAAAAAUCCCAACCCUUCGGCUUAUUCCACCCCGAACAAAACAACGCUCGCCGGACUAGACACCCAACGCGAGGAGCAGUCCCCUUCCAAAAAGCGAACUCGAGAAGGGAGGAGGACUCCUUCUCAAUCAAACAGUAAUAGAGAUGAAAAUAUCGACCCAGGGACAGGCAUCCCGCCAAAAAAGCGUCAGCGCACUAGCCCCACGCCAGAAAUAUCAUCUCAGGUAUCCCAAAGCAAGACGGCUGUUCAAAUAGGGACAGAGCCAUCAGUGGCCCAAGACGCUGUCACUGAUUUGUCCACGCCAGCUCGCUCGCGCAUAGUGGCAACUCAACACAGCCCAUGGGAAAACCUAAAAGGUCUCAAUGAGCGUGACGUUGCGGUUCCAAUGGACCAGCAAGAGCUUCUUGAUGACAACAAACUAUGUUGGGUUUCACCCCGAUCGAAUUGUUCCUCGCCUCAAGGCCACAUACCCUCUUUAUUGCUCAAGAAAUGGAACACUAUUGCCCAAAAACGCAAGCGUAACACGUCCACUCCAGAAACAUCACCUGAAAGAUUAAAUAGCGGGAAGGCUGCUCAAAAAGGGAUGGAUAUGUCGAUGGAUCAAGAGGCUGUCACUAUCUCAUCCACGCCAGUUCGCUCAUAUAAAGCUGUGCCAGCUGGUCCCAGUCCAUGGGAAGGUUUUGAUGAUAUCAAAGAGCGCGACAUCAUAAUCCCAAAAGACCAGAGAGAGCUUCUUGAUGACAACAAACUCUGCUGGAUUCCACCUAACCCGACUGAUCCCCGUCCUCAAGGGCAUGUACCGCCUUCGUUACUAAAGGCCUGGAACGACUCUGUCAACAGGCGCCAUCACCAGACAGAACUCCCCAAUGUUACCCCAGAAAGAUCCAUCAGCCCAACUCAAGAACGUGAUGGCUCUUCUACUACAAGUCGCACAACUGAGGAGUAUAGUGACUGGGAGGUUUCUCCUGAACGCUCUCCUGCACCCGCCCGUGGUCCCUUUCUCCCCCCGUCUAGCCCUGUGAAGCAACCCACUCUAGCUAAGAGACGGUCAAACCCAACGCCCGUAGAUGGCAACCACUCCGGUCGUUCAGUGAGCACUAAACACACGACGGAUGCCAAAUUAAAUGGCAAAGGACCUUCAUCUGGGCCUAGGAGCAAUAGAGGCUCGCCAGAGACCGCAGGCAGUUUGAUGCGCGAGUCACCAAAGCCUCCAAGGCCUGUUCCAAACCACAACCAACCCAAACGUCAAAGUAUAAGUUCUCGACGAUCUUCGCCACUAAAUGAGCCGCAAAAUCAAGAUCAUCUUUCACGGAUAUCUAGUACCCCAUCGCCUAAUCAAGAACUGGCUCGGAAAUGCCCUUCCCAAGCAACGUCCCUACAAUCCUCAGCUGUGGCCCAAGAAGACGAUUCAGAUGAAGAAUCCGUAAUGGAUACAUCCGUACCAAUAGCACUUGGCGAAAACAUUCCAGAGCCCACACAAUCCAGUCAGGUAGAGGAAGAAAUGACAAGCUCGGGCCAAUCGCUCCCCGGGCCAAAUGGGGAAUGUAUUCAAGUUGCCGUUAGCCCAUUAGUUGGCAACAAUCGCUUUCAUUGUGGCAUGUCGGAUACUAAUAUCAACGAACUUGGACAUACAACGGCCAAUCACUCCUCCUCUCAGUCACAUAAAACGUCUUCCCAGUCCCGUGUCCUUAACACGUAUCCUUCUCAUGAAAGUCACAACGAAGCUCAAUCUUCUCAUGAAACUUCGAACCCUGGAGAUCAGACCCAAGAGAUGCAAGUUCAAGUGAAUGUCCCUGUAACCCAGCUGGAGCCUAGCAGCAUGGCAUCACAAUGGCAAUCGCGAUCGCAAGAUGUUAUAAAUACUUCGCAGUCGGACAUCGUUCUCGAUUCAUCGGGGCCGGUUCAGCGCCACAAAGACAUGUUUUCUCCUGUCAAUCAGCCCCCGGUUUUUGAAUUGACAAGUCCCCGUGAUUCUGCUCAGUCAGAGCCACACAAUACAACUCAAGAGUCUACGGAUGGAACCCGUCCUCCAAACAAUCACAUGAGUUCUCCAGUGGUAUCCCCGCUUCAGCCAGUCAACACACCGGGAAUCAAACAAAAACAAGCUUUGUCCAAGGCCCUUACGCUUCCAGUCGGAGAGGAUAGAGGCAAAUACGACCCGUAUUUCAACACACAAAGCGCUCAUCUGCUAGCCCGCCGGGAAGGCUUCAUUAGCAAGAAUAAGAACCAAGCUGAAGCCCGAGAGGUGUACCAGCAAUUCUGCAGCUGUUACUGCUCUUAUUCUGGAGAUUUCGAUCAUUUCACAAAGAUGUGUAAGAAACUGUCUGAUUUACGGCAGCAAGGCAAGCUUCAGCGUUCAUAUCUUUGGGAUGAUUUUAUCAUAAUGCAUCUUCAUACUUAUCCCAGCUAUUGUGAAAAUGCGUUCAGUCAAAAUUCAAAGAAACUGAAUUAUGAGGAUUAUUUCCUAGACAUCUAUUCCCGGCCUAGUUUCAAGAAACGCAGUUUAACUCUCCGAGGCAUUGAAUUGGUCGCCUCACAGUUCAUUGAGAUUGAACCACCGCGCCCAACCAGAAACAUCUCACCAAUUCCAGUGUCAAGUCCACUCCAUGGUCUCGCUUUAGGCGUCUCUUUCACCAGCAGUCUGGUAGAUAAGUUUACGAACCUACAAACCCAUUCAUUCAAUGUCUUAUCUCCGAACGGCCCUCCCGCUGCCAAACCUGAAAUUGAGCGCUCUUCUCGCGCAAGCUCGGUGCAAAUUAAGCUAGAGGGGAACGAACCAGUGUUUCCUGAGCCCAUGGACAUUCAACCCUCUCCCGUGAAUGCCUACAACGAAAGACCUGUAUCUCCUACCGGUGAACCGAACAAUGAACCAACAGGCCAGAUUGAUGAGCCAGGUACCCCUACUAAGAUGGAGGCUGAAGUAACUGAGGAUGAUACGGACAUGGAAGAAAUACCUGAGACCGAUCCAGAGGAUAGUGACCAACAUGAUGACACUCUCCAUGAAACCGCCAGUGUUGAACUCGGCGACGAGUCGUUUGAUUCUGCAGCCAGGGGCCAGUCACCUACAGCGUGCGAUCCAAUGGAGGUUAUCUCCGGCGAGGCGAAUGGUAAGGAAGACUCGGAGCCAGAAAGCGACAAUGAGAACUGGUUUAUAUCACUUAGGCACAUGCGCCCCAAAAGGGGUGUGUGGUCGGAUGGGCCGACCGAGUUCAAGCGCUGGGCAGAAGCUGACCAAAACGUGCACAGUCAGCGUUCUCGUCGAGGAGGCUCCAGAGUUCUUCUAGAUGACAAUGGCGUGAUCCGGCGCCCCAUCUACCGGUGA